AUAACUAAAACUGCUGAUUUCUGUUAUUUUCUAAGAUGAAGUACUGGAAAAAAUUGUAAACUCACGAUCGCAGGUCAACAAUGUUACCGGGUGUUGGAAUUUUCGGGACUGGCGCUAUUACUAAGGUGCUAGUUCCCCUACUUCGGGAAAAAGGUUUCGAUAUAAAAGCCAUAUGGGGUCCUUUGAAAGAGGCCGAGUCUGUUGCCCAGUCGCAGAAAAUUGCAUUCUUCACUAACAAAAUCGAUGAUGUGCUACUUCGUAAAGAUGUUGACUUGGUAUUUAUAGUUUGCCAACCCUUUCAACAUGCAGAAAUAUCCAAAAAAGCGUUAGGAAUUGGGAAACAUGUUGUAUGUGAUCGACCAAUGGGGCUUCAUCAAGCAGAUGCCUUAAAGAUGGUGCACGCUUCACAAUACUAUCCGCGUCUGAUAACUUUGGUCAAUUACUCACUCCGAUUUCUUCCUGCGUUUACUCACAUGAAACGAUGCCUGCAAGAGGAACUUAUUGGACCGAUGAAUGAGAUUUCACUAGUCGAUAUACGAGUGCAAUUGGGUACGCUGUUUCCCGAGAAGUUCGAUUGGAUGUGCGACGCUGCUAUGGGUGGCGGAGCAUUAAAUUUGGUGGGUAGUCACGUUAUCGACUUGGUCAGCUACCUAUUGCAGCAACAUGCAGUUCGUGUACACGGAUUGGUCCGUUCGUAUACCAAGACGACGUCAGCUGUUAAUGGCAUACGACAAAUUUCAGCGCCUGAUUUCUGUACAUUUCAAAUGGAGUUAGCUGGCGGGGGCGCUCUCGUCACUGUUUCGCUGCACAGCCACACCGUUCCAGCGAAGGCUUUUUCGCAAGAGGUUCUGAUUUGCGGUAGCAAAGGUCACUUAGUUGUUCGUGGUGGAGAUCUAUUUGUAUUUAAAAACAAAGCCGAGCCACCACAGCUAAAAGAAGAAGCUGUUUAUGUUGAUGUGCAAGACUUGCACUUUGCCACCUCGGAGUCUAUGCUGCCACGACCUUAUAUCAAGGGUUUGUGCAAGAUGGUAGGUGCACUAAAAGAGGCUUUCGCUGAUAAGGAUGCUUCAUGGGUGAAAGAGCCCGUGCAGGCCGCUGCUACAUUCGAGGAUGGCUUAUAUGUACAAGCGGUGCUAGAUGCAAUUCGUAAGUCAAGCGAAACAAAAUCUUGGCAAAGGGUUAGAAUUACACCAGAAACGCCGUCGAAUCAUGAACAGAUAAUGACUUUUGCACGGAUGUCAACGAUGUGAAAUUUCACAGUAAAUUUCCUGAUCGUAAUACUAGUUGGGAACUGGGCAUUUUGAUAGAUUAAUACGCAAAACUCAUAACAAAUAUUUUAAUUCCUUACACCAAGAUUGCUAAGUAAUGCUUACACCUAUUUGUUCAGAUUUAUGAAGUGAAUAAUCUGGCAAUCAGGAUUUUUUAUAGUACUAUGUAAUAUUUUAAAUAAUUCCUAUUGGCUAUUAGUGGUUAAAAAUGCACUUUAAUUGGUUUUCUAUCUUUAUAAAGUUGAAUCCAUUAUACGUAAAAACUACUUGUUUGAUUUCCGCAUUAUUU